CCAGUAGAUACUGAGAUGUCAUUAGAAUGCAUUAACCGGAAGUCGUGACAAGGUGCAAGCUAGGUAUUAAGUUAACGUUAACUUUGCGUUAAGAGAGCAACGAAAACGUUAUCACACUCAAGCUAACCGUUUUAUCUUUUUGAUGUUUUAAAAUGGGAUAUCAUGUGGCUUUAUGAUAGCGGAGAAGAAAACGUAUUUUUUUCUGAAUACACAAGGAAUUCCGAGCAAUUUCCAGGUUACAGUAAUUUAAGUUUCAGUGUUCAAUUAACUUAACGUUAACGUUAGUCAGACAAGUCGUGAACAUUUAACUAGCAACCUGAUCAAACUACCUGCUGUUUGCAUUUGCUUAGCAAAUGCUAAGUCUAUCCAGGUAUAAAAGGAGGGUAGAUAAACAUGUUGACAGGAUGUUCAGGAAAACUGCCUGGAGGACCGUGGUCAGUGAUGCAGUGAGUUUCCACCAAGACCAAGCCCUCAACACAACUAUAUUUCUCCUGAAAUCCUUCGGCCCAACAGCAUUUCUGCUCAGAGAGGCGGGGGGCAGGAACUUCAAGGUGUGCUUGGGUGACCCACAUUCAUGCACUUGCCCGGAGAUCACCAAGGAGCAGGAGCCAUGCAAACACAUGUGCUGGUUUUACUGCGGAAAUUCAGACUGCCCAAAGAACAUGAAUGACCCCGAGCCAACCAGUCAUGGACUAGGAGGCUGGAAGUGUCUGCCGGAAAGUGAUCCAAGCCCAGGAUGUGUGUCCUAUCUGUCAAGAAGAGCUGCUGGAGAAAAAACAGCCUGUGUCUUACUGCAGGUUCGGUUGUGGCAAUAAUGUCCACAUCUCUUGCAUGAAGGUGUGGGUGGAUCACCAGAGACUGUUGGACAGGGAAGAAACAGUGAAGUGCCCUCUGUGCAGGGAGGACUUCAGCUCAUUGAAGUUACUCCAGGAGCAGGUGAAUAAUGCAGCAAAGCUCUUCACUGCCGCUGAAAGAGAGAGGCCAGACAGACACCUGGGAGUUCUCUGUCAGAGCUGCGGGGUCUGCCCCGUCACUGGCAAAUGUUUCAAGUAAGCAGGUAGCAGUCAUAAGAGUUUGGGGGAAAAUUUAGAAGAAAUAAAAGUUGUCUGUAUUGUAUAGUAUGGUACAGUAUGGUAAUUGGCA